GCAGACUCGCCCCUGGACCAGGUAAGGGACUCUCCUGCCAUCCCUCAGACCACAGGCUACACUUACGCCGUUGCUUUCCCGCACAGCCGCGUGACAGGGCAAGAGGUGAGUGCACCACUUCUGUCCCCUUAAACCACAGUGCAGCCAAAGGAUGCUUAAUCCAUGCGGCCUCGACAACAAAUAAAAAGAUCCUUCAUGGACGCAGUUAUUCUAGAAUGAGAAAACGGAGCUUGGGCAGGACGCUAACCCUCUCUCUGGCUGAAACGCAGGCUACGGUGUGUUUGUGCAGUGAGAGGGGUCACUGCAGGCUCUACCACUGGUCCAGGGCUGCUUCAUUAUCAGCGACAGCCUGGAGACAUACGACCCACUUCCUAACGGUCAGCUUGACUGUGCUCAACGGCACGUUUGCUGGCUACGAAGCGCUUCCAUACCCUUCUCCUCAUCGUUUGCCUUUCAAAAACUUCAUUCCCAAGAAGUUGUGUAAGACCACUCGGGCUUCCCGGCUGAACUGCUGCUUGAACUUCAGUUUGCCCGAUGGACUUUGGAAAGGCACAUAACUUACCUUCUGCGAUCACAUAAACAAACAUGCCUGCACCCAACUCCACGCUGGGUACCCUGUGCAGCUUGCUCUGGAGGUUUCCUGUGAUGAUGUCCUUUUGGAGGUCCACCGCAGGGUUGACUCAGCUCCCGCAUGCUUCUGGCAGCUUCUCUAGCAUGGAGGCCAAAUGCAAACACACACAUUUUACAGGUGGAUGUGGCCUCCAAGCGUUCGGUGUUAAAAUGAGUUUUGUUGUCUUAUUUAUCUUUAGUCCUCCAAGUGCUUUAAGGAUUGGUGUCCCACGGUCUUUCAACCGUCUGACUCCUGACUCACGUCACCAUGGAAACCAGCCCCCUACUCAUUGUGCUGACUGCAGCUCUCUGCACAUCGGCCUUCCCCAGUCGCUACAGAAGGUUUAUCUUCAUAGAUAACCGAAUGACCUGGACUGAGACUCAGGCCUACUGCCGGGAGAAUCACACUGACCUGGCUACUGUGUACAGCCAGGAGGAAGCAGAAAGGAUUUUAAACAUUGAAACAGACGAAAGCUAUGCGUGGAUUGGUCUGAGGCGCAGUAACAGCAGUGUGAAAUGGUCUAAUGGAGUCAGUGUUAAUUACACUAAAAAUACUACUAAUGAUGGACGGAAGGAACCGUUCUGCACCUCCAUGAAGGCAGAUGGAGAUUGGGAGAAUGUGAACUGCACCCUGAAGAGACCUUUCAUGUGCUACAACAAAGGAGUUGGUGAUCACUCUCUCAGUUACACCCUAAAAAAGGAGGGAAGCUCCUGGUGUGAAGCUCAGAGGUUCUGCAGACUGCACCACACUGACCUGGUCAGCAUCAGCAACGACACCCAAAAUGAUGCAGUAAAGGAGGAAGGAAGGAGUAGCAACCCCUUCUGGAUCGGCCUGAUACACACGGACUGGGAGUGGUCUGACGGAGCGUGCUCCACCUUCAGAAACUGGGGUGGGGGCAAACCUGAGAAAGGAAAGGACUGUGUGUACAUGUUUAAAGACAACAAGAAAAUGGGCGCUCAAGCAUGUUCUAAUGAAGCAGUAGGCAUCUGUUAUAAAGACGAGAUCCACGUGAUUGAGAGCACUGAGACCUGGGAGAGCGCUCUGGACUACUGCAAUCAGAACUACGAGGGAUUCCUGCGCAUCGAGUCCCCGCAGGACCAGCGCCGGCUGGAGGAGGAGCUUCACAAAAACAACCUAUCAGGGCCCGUGUGGCUGGGCCUCAGGCAGAGCCGUCUCUUUGGCUUCUGGAUCUGGGCCAAUGGGAUGAAUGUGGGGUGGAGCAACUGGGAGGGGGGCAGCCAACCAGAGCAGCCACUGUCCAACAUCUGUGGCGCCAUAGCAACAAGCGGACCCGGGAAGUUCAAGUGGAGCGACCAGAACUGCCUCUCUAAAAGUUACUUCCUGUGUGAGGGAAAGAAACGGAGUCUGUGAUUCCACUCACACACUCUCUCUCUAUAUAUCUCUUUCUCUUUGCCUCAACUCACAAGAGCAUUUCCUUAGAAAUUACAUUUUUCAAUUGAGCAAUUGUACUUUUGUCAUUACAGGGUUUUUUUUUCUUUUUUCAAUCAUGCAUUAAUAUACUAUAAAUAACAAUGCACAUAAAAUGUGAAACUGCAUGUAGAAACAUUUUAUGUACGACCACCGCUUCACUGUCUCA